AUGUCCCGAGCUGAGCCGGAUGUCACAGUGCCUGCGGGCGACCCCAAAGCUGGAGCGAAGGUUUUCAAGGCCAAGUGCGCCCAAUGCCACACAGUUAACAAAGGCGGCGCCGCCAAGCAGGGCCCCAACUUGUACGGGUUUCUAGGCCGCGCUUCCGGCAGCGCCGACUACCCGUACAGUGAAGCAAACAAGAACAGCGGUAUUGUAUGGUCUGAGAAGCACUUGUGGGAGUACUUGGUGAAUCCCAAGGCAUAUAUUCCGGGGACGAAGAUGGUGUUUGCGGGCAUUAAGAAAGAAACAGAAAGAGCGAACUUGAUCGCCUAUCUUGUAGAAGCAACCAAACCCUAG